CAGGCGCCACCCCAGGUCUGCAAUCUUAAGUCUAAUUCCUCGUGUGUUAUAUUUCACACUGAUGAUGCCAAUUAUAAGAUUAUCUUUCUGAAAGUGUGUCAAAUGGUCUGUGAAGCUAGUGAAUGAUGCCCCAUGAUCAUAUCAAUGUACACAGCUAUUUAAUAAAAAAAAAAAAAUAAGAUUAUCUUUCCAGGACAGAGCGAUGUGGCCGGGCACUGCUGGCCUCGCUAUUUGUGCCAAUUUCAAUUUUCAGAGUCUAUUGAUUGUGAUCUUGCUGCUUAUAUGUACCUGUGCUUAUGUACCCUGUCUGCUGGACAGAAAUAAACCUGGACUGUCAUGUAUAUUUUGGAAGUGUGCUACAAUUGGUGAACGGAAAAGUCCUUGUGUUGCAGCGUGCUGUAUGGUGAUGGCCUUCAGCCUCCUCAUCAUACAGUAGCUUAGAAAAAUGCCAGAAUUUAAGUGCCAUCAGAUUUCAAUGUGAACAAGGACUCACCUGCAGAAAAUAAUGGAAAGAAUAGUUAAUCCUUUAUCCCCAGACAUGGAAGGAGAUAAAUCUCCAGAUGCUGGUCUCUAUUUCUGUGUUAUUGGACCAAAGUUCUAUAUAAAUUAUGGAGAUGUCACCAUUUAAUACUCGGAGUUCAGUGAUCUGUAAGGAUCAACCUCCAUACUGUCACUACAGAAUUACAUUCUGCACACGUCAUUCUUUGUUUCAGGCACCAGUUGUAAACGAGGUAUCUCUAAGACACAGUAGGAAAGAAAAUGGGAAAUCAUUAAAAUUCCUUACACUAUUCUUUGGAAAUGAGAAAUCUUUCUAGAAUGAAAAAGAUUUAUCUUCCCAGGUGCAGAACAAAGACAAAGUGAGAUCAAUCAUUCAUCUACCUGCCCUGAGAUGUCUACGUAAUGACCUCUUCCUUUACUCCCUUUUGGAAUAUUUACCUUAUCUUACCUGUAACAUAGGUUUACUUGGUGCUAAUUAAAAUCAAGAAAAUGUAGCCUGUUGCUUCACUGCCUACUUCCU